ACCAGGGAAGAGCUACUUCCCCAACCCCAGGAAACCAGGAUGUGUGUCCUGAGACUCCUGCUCACUCUGCACGUCCCUGAAGAAGAGACAACAGCCACUGGGCCCUCUCAGACUCCGGCGGAUGUCCUGGGACAAACAGUCUGGCUCUGUCCUGUUCUGAGGAGUCCUGGAGACACAGCUGUCACAUUUGCAGCCCCCAGACUUAGGAGGAGCCAGCUCUGUGUCCAGAGGGUGACGGAAAGCUGUCCAGGAGUACCUUGUCUUGAAGACAGAUUCUCAUUAGAGUUGGGGAGAAACACUCGUCCCACAACUCUGCAAGUGAGGAGUCAGGGCAACAAGGAGAGAGAAUUCUGAGAAGAGAGGAAAAAGCAAAGCAGCAGGAGAGCUGGAGGAAUGGAGAGCAGAGGAACCAACAAACCAGCAAUCCGCAGCUAACCAGCUAAGCCCAGCGCUCUAGCUGGGGGCAGAGACCAGAUACUGCAAGCAUCAGAGCUCGAGGACAUGCCCACCGUUGCUUCCCCGCUGCCUCUCACCACCGUCGGUUCCGAGAACAGCAGCUCCAUCUACGACUACGACUACUUAGAUGAUGUGACCAUCUUGGUUUGCAGGAAGGACGAGGUCCUGUCCUUUGGAAGAGUCUUUCUGCCGGUCGUCUACAGCCUGAUCUUCGUGCUGGGCUUGGCCGGGAACCUCCUCCUCCUGGUGGUGUUGCUCCACUCUGCACCUCGAAGACGGACGAUGGAGCUUUACCUGCUGAACCUGGCCGUCUCCAACCUCUUGUUUGUAGUGACUAUGCCCUUCUGGGCCAUCUCUGUGGCCUGGCAUUGGGUUUUUGGUAGUUUCUUGUGCAAGGUGAUAAGCACUCUCUACUCUAUUAACUUUUACUGUGGUAUCUUCUUCAUCACCUGCAUGAGCCUGGACAAAUACCUGGAGAUUGUCCACGCUCAGCCUCUCCACAGCCCGAAGGCCCGGUUCAGGAACCUGCUUCUCAUUGUCAUGGUGUGGAUCACGGCCCUGGCCAUCUCUGUCCCAGAAAUGGUCUUUGUGCAGAUCCACCAGACCUUAGAUGGUGUGUGGCACUGCUAUGCGGAUUUUGGCGGACAUGCGACCAUUUGGAAGCUGUACCUGCGCUUCCAGCUGAACCUUCUGGGGUUUCUCCUCCCACUCUUGGCCAUGAUCUUCUUUUACUCCCGCAUCGGUUGCGUUCUGGUCAGGCUGAGGCCGCCGGGCCAGGGCCGGGCUCUGAGGAUGGCCGCGGUCCUGGUGAUAGUUUUCUUCAUGCUGUGGUUCCCAUAUAACCUCACCUUGUUUCUGCACUCGUUGCUGGACCUGCAUGUCUUUGGGAACUGUGAGGUCAGCCACCGUCUGGACUAUACGUUGCAGGUGACAGAGAGCCUGGCCUUCUCCUACUGCUGCUUCACCCCGGUCCUCUACACCUUCUUCAGUCACCGCUUCCGCCAGAACCUGAAGGCGUUUCUGUCUGUGGUGUUGAGAUGGCACCAGGCACCUGGCACCACCCAUGCCCCUCCCUCUAACCAUUCUGAGAGCAGCAGGGUUACUGCCCAGGAAGAUGUGGUCAGCAUGAAUGACCUUGGGGAGAGGCAGUCUGAGGACUCCCUUAACAAGGGGGAGAUGGGGAAUACUUAGGCCCGAGUGAUCAGCCACGGUCUGGGAACAGCACUGCUCUCAGAGAGGGACAGCGUGACUGUGCUGCUCGCCCCAGUGGUUCCCAACCACCAGCAGACCUUACUCAUUACUGUCUCUUCCUCCUUCUGCUUCCUGGACCCCAUCCUCUCUGCUGAACCACUUCAGCUCUUCACUGAUCUCCCUCCGCUUCCACCCCAGUGCUUCUGUGGCUUCCUGGCCCCCAGCAGCCAAUGAGGUCACUCCACUCUUAGCCUUCAGACCUUCAAGGGCCAUGUGAUCAUUCUGUGACUACAUCUCCAUCGUACUCUCUCCUGGCCUCUGGGUUCAGGGCACACUGGCUUCCGUUCAUUUCUGAAGCAUUCCAGGUUCAUUCCAGUAGGGAGAGUUCAGCUAUGCCAUCUCUCUGGACAUCUUCCCUGGCCUUUCUCCUUGGGAAGAGUUUGACUCAUUCCUUUACUUCCUGGAGUCAUAGCUCAGAUCUCACCUUGUUGGUGAGGAAGGAGGCACUGUGCCCACCCUGCUCAAUGCCCUGUCUACACACUGAUGCUCAUGCGCUUCUUCAUACACAAUAUUUUCACUCUGUACAGGGAUUUCUCCUGUCAUGCUCCCUGCAGACUGCCUUGAGCCCACCCACGCAGGUGAGCUGCAGAGUAAGGCUCUCGGUGAACGGCUCCCUGCUCUCCUCAGACUCCUACCACAGAAGCUUGUGUGUGGAAGGCCUUUGGAAAGCUGCUGUGGAAUGUGAAUUAGCACUGUGCAUUUCUUGGGACAGUCACAGGUUCUCCAUCCUCCGGGGCCCCUUUCUCUGUAGCUCAGACAGGAGGAUACUUCCUGCCCUUGUGUGAGGUCUAGCCAGUGAAUGACCCAGAAGUGCGCAUCCCGCAGGAGGAAGGUGGGAACCAUCUCAGCUCUGGUCUUGGGGACUGUCAGUCAAGUUCAAAGUUUAAGACUUUACAAAACACAUGCCAGUGAGCAGGCAUCCCCUUAAAACAUCCUGCUGAGAACACUGGGUAUCCACAUGUAGAAGAUUAAAACUAGAUUCCUGUCUCUCAUCUGAUACAAAGAUCAGCUAAAAUUGGAUCAAGGACUCUAACAUAUGACCUGAAGCCUCGAAACCAUCAGAGAAAAACACAGGGGAAACGACUAAAGACAUCAUCAGAAGCAAGGUCUUUCUGAGCAGAGACCCCCAUAGCCAGGGAGUACUCAGAUCACAUGAAAUUAGCGUCUCCAUGGUACAGAGGCAGGGUCAGAAUGAAGAGACUAUUUACAGACAACUUGGCCAGCUUUCACCUCACGGGGCCCAAUAUUCAAAUUGUACAGGGAACAAAAAAUGUUGAAUAAUCCAAUAAAAAAAAUGGGUAAGUGA